AUGAGGCUGAAUUUCUGCUUUACUGAUCCUGCUGACAUGCAGGCUUUGAUUGGCAAAAGCAAUGACAAGGCCCUGGUGUCAGGACGCAAUGCCUCAAAUAAGGCUAAACACUCCUCCAAAACAAUAGAGAUGGAUGGCGCGAUUAAUUUACCACCACGCAAAAGAGCUACUAGUCGGGCAAAAUCAACUAGACUUUGGAAAGGAGCAAAAGCCCAAUUGAACUCUGAAUCCGAGCUCAGUGAUAUUGGGAAGGUGUACCCCGAGUUCUAUAUGUAG